UAUAUUCCUUCACACGGUACAAAAAGACAAUCGAACAAGUCAGCAAAAUUACACAUCCUGUAGAAAAAAACAACGUUUUUUAUUAUGUCUGUAGAAACAGUACCGAAGGAUCUAAGGAAUUUAAGAGCAUGUUUAUUAUGCUCUCUCGUCAAGACAUUUGACCAGUUUGAGAUGGACGGAUGUGACAACUGUGAUGAGUAUUUACACAUGAAGAAUAAUACAGAUGCUGUAUAUGAAUGUACAAGUUCAAAUUUUGAUGGAAUUGUUGCAAUGAUGGGACCUGAAGACAGCUGGGUAGCAAAAUGGCAAAGAAUAGAGAGGUUUGUGAAAGGAUGUUACGCCCUGUCAGUGACUGGCCGUUUACCACCAGGAAUUAUCAGAAGUCUGAAAAACAAAAAUAUUCCAUAUAGACCUAGAGACGUUUCACACAAAGUUUAAUGAUGCUGAUUUUUUUCAAAUAAUGUGUUUAAAGUGUCUUGUGCUGGAAUGGAAGAAAGAAAUCUUGAGAAAAGUUGACAUGCAGUUAUUUCAUAACAGUUACUGCCUUUUAAGGAAGAGGCAGAGUAUUAGCAAAAGUAAUUAGUGAUAUUUCAUGUGCACAUUGAUUAUCAUCCCCUGCUGACAUGUUGCAUUGACAUGUUAAUUUGAGGGGUUGGGUAUUCAAGUUAUGCGCAAAGAUCUCCAGGAGUUUGUCUUGACGUUAAUUUUAACAAUUUUCACAUUUAUUGGGUGUUCAGAUGAUAAUUAUUAUUACUUUGAAUUCGUAAUAUAAAGGAUCAGGUGAAAAUGAAAGGAUGAAUCUAAAUGUAUAAAUUUAAUUUGCAGAAUUGUAAAUCAGGGUUUGGAGACCAGUCUUGAAAUCAGUUAUUUUCUGAGCACAGUCUCAAAAUUGACCAAUGGAAAUAAUGCAUUCAUAGACUGGUUCAUUAACUGAAUUUUGUAAAAUUGGAAUCACAGAACAGUUUGAUUAGACAGCAAGCAUUGUACACUUGAAGUGUUCUCUCAUAUCACCAGACAUUAAACAUUGCUGGCAAUGUGACAUUUGGCUACUCUGUGGAAGGUCAACUUAAUAACUUAAUAGUUGUUUUUGAAGCCAUGUUUAACCCUUACCAUGCUGGACAUGAUUGGUUUUGCCUUUGCGACCAGUGUAGAUCAUUAUCAGCCUGCACAUCUGUGCAGUCUGAUCAUGAUCUGCACUGUUUGCUAUUCAAACAAUAUAUUUUUGGUAAGCACCCCUUUUAACAGUUAAUGGUACUGUCCAAAUUGAAAGAUGGACAAGUUCAUUGUAGAAGUUUAGAACAGGGUGAUGGUCAAGGCCAUUUUAUUGCAGAGAUUUCCAUAUACCUGAAAUCAUUUUAAACUGGGUAAUUCUUACCUAGUAUUCACCAAACUAGUUGACAGUGUUUAUCCAUGGUAUAUUAUGUUGGUUAAAUAACUUAAAUAAUAAGCUUCUCUCGGGUCAUGACCCUUGAAUUGCUUAAAAUUGCCAAAGUUGACAGUGUCUUCUUUGUGCUUUAAUAGUUCUUAUCAAGCCUUCUCUUAGUCUGAAUGUGUAUGGGCAUAAUAACUUAGCUAAGAUGCUGUCAAAUGAGAUACUCUUGAUCACUUUGGAGUUAUGGCGCUUGCAUUACUCAGAAUUGCAAAAUAUCUGUAUCUAUUCAAUUAUAAGAUUUUUUUCUUGGAACUAAGCCAUAUACAGAAUAUUAUGUAUUUAUACAAACAUUAGAAGCCAAGUUCAGUAACCCGUCAGUCCAGAAUUAUGGUCCACAAGUUCAUCAAAAUUAUGAAAAAUGACAGUGACCACUCAAUUACAGGAGUAUUUUCUCUUUGAUUUCAACCGUAGUUUAUACUUAGACAGAACAUUUUUCUCUAUAAAAUCAAGGUCCAGUUUUCUCACCAGUCAGCUGAAAUCCUUGCAUUAGUCAAAACUAAGAAAAUUGAUUGUGCAAUGUAUCUGCUCUGUAAGUAGAGUAUUUUUUAAGUCGAAGUAGGGCCCUAAUUUACAGUAGUGUGUGCAUAGUUUGACAGUUUUGCACCCUUACUAUUGUUUGUGUAUAUGAUCUAUGUACAUGUAUGUAUGUAGGUAUAGUUUGUAAUUGAGAAUCAUUUACAAUGCUUGAGUAAAAUACAGUUGCCUUAAGAAGUUGAUUUAUGUCCUGUAUUUCUAUGUACAGUCGGGUGAAAUUCAAAUAUUGUAUGAAAACAAUAUAUUUCAAAUGUGCAAAAACUAGAAUUUCAAGACAGAUACUGUGAUGGUCCAAGUCUUAAUAGGGCCAUUAACCUUUAGCCAGCUGGCGGCAAGUGAUUCUGCCUUUGCGACCAGUGCAGACCAAGAUCAGCCUGCACAUCCGUGCAGUCUGAUCAUGGUCUGCACUAUUCGCUAUUCGGUCAGUAAAUUUUUAUGAAAACCCCUUCGAAUAAUAAAUGGUAUUGCCCAUAUUGAAUGAUGGCCCAGUCCAUUUUAGAAAUUUAGCAGGCUGAGGGUUAACCAAUAAAGAUUCAUAAUCUUUAUCUCAUCUAUCUGUCAGAUUUGUUAGGAGUGAGAAUAAGGUAUUGCUGUUUAGUGCUGUCUGUACAGUAUAUACAUAUAAUAAUAAAAAAGACUUCAUAUAUAUAUCAUAUCUUGUUUGAUCCACCUAAUAUAUAACACCCUCUCACAGGUUUCUUAGUGUAAAUUUUGACUAAUUUCUGCGAAAUCCAGACAUAAACAUACUCCAUUCUAAAGUUCUCAGAGGGAAAUGGAAUUUUUUUGAACUUUCAAAAUAUCUACCUGGUAUGUCAGUUUUCUGGCUAAAAAUGUAUUUUGCCAAGGUAAACAUUGGGUAAAUUCACAAUUUUGAAAAAAAAAAAUGUUUUAAAAUGUCCAUUUACAUGUAGUCGAAACUGAAUUUUGAAAAAGUUAGUGUCAAAAUGGCUGAAAUUUAUAAUAGGAAAUACUCCACCAGUUUCUUUUUUAUGAUAAAUUCAAAAGUAAGAUAUUUUGAAAAUGUUAUAAAGUUUGUGAUAUCACUCUUGGAUUUAUGUAGAAUGAAGUAUAACUCAAUAGCUUUAAAUUUAUACUAAAUGAGAAAACAAGAAAAAAGUUGUUGCGGAAUGCGUGGAUCAAACUAGUAUCUUUGAAUCUGAAUAGAAAUACUAAUAAAAUAGUUAACUGUAAUACCUACAUUACAUGUAGUAGUAUAAGUUAGGGGCCUUCGUGGCCGAGUGGUUACGGUCGCUGACUUCAAAUCACUGGCCCCUCAUCGAUGUGGGUUCGAGCCUCACUCGGGGAGUUGAAUUCUUCAUGUGAGGAAGCCAUCCAGCUGGUUUACAGAAGGUCGGUGGUUCUACCCAGGUGUAGAAAACCGACACCCUGGGGUGCACUUGUUUUAGACAAACUUAUGUAGGAAAAACUUCUAAAAUGUUCUCUUCUGUGAGCUUAGAUAUUUGGCGUGAAGCAUUGCAUAGUGGGCCUCUAUCAGGUUGGUUCAAAUCAUACCCAUGGGGUUCAAAAUUCGCCCUGCCCUUGGGAUGGCUUGUUUUACAUAUGCAUCUGUAGGAAAAGAAUAUUAAGUCUUCUUGUCUAAAACACAAGUCACUUGGUAAUAUUUUUGGCAUUUAGCAUUGUAGAGGGGUCUUCAACAAGAUUUGACCACAUUGUGCCUUGGGGUCUAAAGUAGCCUGUUCCAGGGGUAACUUGUUACACAAGUCAUCAAGAAUCUUCAGCGAUGGAGCUUAGAUGUUUGGCAUGUAACAUUGUGUAAUGGUCCUUUACCAAGUUUAAUCAAAUUAUGCUCCUUGGGCUAGAAUGGGGGCUACUUGUUAUAUAAGAAAAAAAAAUCUUGUCUGAAGUAGAGUAUGUUGCAUUGUGUAGUGGUACUUGACCACAUUUGUUCAAAUUAUGCUCCUGGGGUGAAAAUUGGUCCAUUUUGUUCUCCUGUUUUACAAAGACUUGUAUAGAAUAAAACUUUUAAAAUCUUGUCUUAAUCUUAAUCUUAAAACUGUAACGCCCCGAGCUUAGAUUUUAGCGUGUAGUGAUCUUUUACUAACUUUGUUCACAUCAUGCCCCUUAACUAUCAGCAAUAUAUAACCAUUUGAGUAAGGUGAAUGAUAUAGGGCCAUUAUGACCCUCUUGUUUUAAAAGCAUGAUUUUCUUAUUUUUUAAUGUGUACAGUGUUCAAACUUUGAACUGUAUAAUGCAAAUAAAGAUGAUACAAUAAUA